GGGGCCGCGAGAUUUUCUGGAGCCGGAGCGAGGGCGCCGCUUCUGCGUCCAGGAGGAGCCAACCGUGGCGCGGGCGGCGCGGGGUGGCGUCCCAGAGAUUGAUGUUCAUGUUCCUGACACUACUACAAGAUUCAUACUCCUGAUGCUACUGACAACAUGGCUUCUCCACAGUCACCAAACCAGGGAUGCUAUAUUGGACUUCCCUACUCUCAUCUGCUCCAGCUCCCUGACCUUAUGGUUGCCCAGCUUUCCUGGCAAUUGACUUUGCCCAUCAAUACACAGGAUUUAGCUGAGUAGCAUCCAGGGAAGAUGUCGGAGCCUCAGAUGUUAAUUUUCUGAUUGAGAAUAUUGGCGCUGUCCGAACCUGGAGACAGAUGCUUUAAAAUUGUGUGCUAAAGAGUUAUAAUGUGCAAACAACGGGGAAGCCAUUCUGUACCUAAACCAUGAAAACAAAAAGUCCUUUCUCCUGAUUCACCAAAAAAUAAAAUACUGACUACCAUCACUGUGAUGAGAUUCCUACAGUCUCAGGAACUGAAGUCUUUGAACAACCAGGGACCCUCUGCCCCUAGAAUAAGAACAUACUAGAAGUCCCUUCUGCUAGGACAACGAGGAUCAUGGGAGACCACCUGGACCUUCUCCUAGGAGUGGUACUCAUGGCCGGUCCUGUGUUUGGAAUUCCUUCCUGCUCCUUUGAUGGCCGAAUAGCCUUUUAUCGUUUCUGCAACCUCACCCAGGUCCCCCAGGUCCUCAACACCACUGAGAGGCUCCUGCUGAGCUUCAACUAUAUCAGGACAGUCACUGCUUCAUCCUUCCCCUUUCUGGAACAGCUGCAGCUGCUAGAGCUCGGGAGCCAGUAUACCCCCUUGACUAUUGACAAGGAGGCCUUCAGAAACCUGCCCAACCUUAGAAUCUUGGACCUGGGAAGUAGUAAGAUAUACUUCUUGCAUCCAGAUGCUUUUCAGGGACUGUUCCAUCUGUUUGAACUUAGACUGUAUUUCUGUGGUCUCUCUGAUGCUGUAUUAAAAGAUGGUUAUUUCAGAAAUUUAAAGGCUUUAACUCGCUUGGAUCUAUCCAAAAAUCAGAUUCAUAGCCUUUACCUUCAUCCUUCAUUUGGGAAGUUGAAUUCCUUAAAGUCCAUAGAUUUUUCCUCCAACCAAAUAUUCCUUGUAUGUGAACAUGAGCUCGAGCCCCUGCAAGGGAAAACGCUCUCCUUUUUUAGCCUCGCAGCUAAUAGCUUGUAUAGCAGAGUCUCAGUGGACUGGGGAAAAUGUAUGAACCCAUUCAGAAACAUGGUGCUGGAGAUACUAGAUGUUUCUGGAAAUGGCUGGACAGUGGACAUCACAGGAAACUUUAGCAAUGCCAUCAGCAAAAGCCAGGCCUUCUCUUUGAUUCUUGCCCACCACAUCAUGGGUGCCGGGUUUGGCUUCCAUAACAUCAAAGAUCCUGACCACAGCACAUUUGCUGGCCUGGCCAGAAGUUCAGUGAGACACCUGGAUCUUUCACAUGGGUUUGUCUUCUCCCUGAACUCACGAGUCUUUGAGACACUCAAGGAUUUGAAGGUUCUGAACCUUGCCUACAACAAGAUAAAUAAGAUUGCAGAUGAAGCAUUUUACGGACUUGACAACCUCCAAGUUCUCAAUUUGUCAUAUAACCUUCUGGGGGAACUUUACAGUUCGAAUUUCUAUGGACUACCUAAAGUAGCCUACAUUGAUUUGCAAAAGAAUCACAUUGGAAUAAUUCAAGACCAAACAUUCAAAUUCCUGGAAAAAUUACAGACCUUGGAUCUCCGAGACAAUGCUCUUACAACCAUUCAUUUUAUUCCAAGCAUACCCGAUAUCUUCUUGAGUGGCAAUAAACUAGUGACUUUGCCAAAGAUCAACCUUACAGCGAACCUCAUCCACUUAUCAGAAAACAGGCUAGAAAAUCUAGAUAUUCUCUACUUUCUCCUACGGGUACCUCAUCUCCAGAUUCUCAUUUUAAAUCAAAAUCGCUUAUCCUCCUGUAGUGGAGAUCAAACCCCUUCAGAGAAUCCCAGCUUAGAACGGCUUUUCCUUGGAGAAAAUAUGUUGCAACUUGCCUGGGAAACUGAGCUCUGUUGGGAUGUUUUUGAGGGACUUUCUCAUCUUCAAGUUCUGUAUUUGAAUAAUAACUAUCUUAAUUCCCUUCCGCCAGGAGUAUUUAGCCAUCUGACUGCAUUAAGGGGACUAAGCCUCAACUCCAACAGGCUGACAGUUCUUUCUCACAAUGAUUUACCUGCUAAUUUAGAGAUCCUGGACAUAUCCAGGAACCAGCUCCUAGCUCCCGAUCCUGAUGUAUUUGUAUCACUUAGUGUCUUGGAUAUAACUCAUAACAAGUUCAUUUGUGAAUGUGAACUUAGCACUUUUAUCAAUUGGCUUAAUCACACCAAUGUCACUAUAGCUGGGCCUCCUGCAGACAUAUAUUGUGUGUACCCUGACUCGCUUUCUGGGGUUUCCCUCUUCUCUCUUUCCACAGAAGGUUGUGAUGAAGAGGAAGUCUUAAAGUCCCUAAAGUUCUCCCUUUUCAUUGUAUGCACUGUCACUCUGACUCUGUUCCUCAUGACCAUCCUCACAGUCACAAAGUUCCGGGGCUUCUGUUUUAUCUGUUAUAAGACAGCCCAGAGACUGGUGUUCAAGGACCAUCCCCAGGGCACAGAACCUGAUAUGUACAAAUAUGAUGCCUAUUUGUGCUUCAGCAGCAAAGACUUCACAUGGGUGCAGAAUGCUUUGCUCAAACACCUGGACAGUCAAUACAGUGACCAAAACAGAUUCAACCUGUGCUUUGAAGAAAGAGACUUUGUCCCAGGAGAAAACCGCAUUGCCAAUAUCCAGGAUGCCAUCUGGAACAGUAGAAAGAUCGUUUGUCUUGUGAGCAGACACUUCCUUAGAGAUGGCUGGUGCCUUGAAGCCUUCAGUUAUGCCCAGGGCAGGUGCUUAUCUGACCUUAACAGUGCUCUCAUCAUGGUGGUGGUUGGGUCCUUGUCCCAGUACCAGUUGAUGAAACAUCAAUCCAUCAGAGGCUUUGUACAGAAACAGCAGUAUUUGAGGUGGCCUGAGGAUCUCCAGGAUGUUGGCUGGUUUCUUCAUAAACUCUCUCAACAGAUACUAAAGAAAGAAAAAGAAAAGAAGAAAGACAAUAACAUUCCGUUGCAAACUGUAGCAACCAUCUCCUAAUCAAAGGAGCAAUUUCCAACUUAUCUCAAGCCACAAAUAACUCUUCACUUUGUAUUUGCACCAAGUUAUCAUUUUGGGGUCCUCUCUGGAGGUUUUUUUUUCUUUUUGCUACUAUGAAAACAACAUAAAUCUCUCAAUUUUCAUAUCAACACCAUGUUCUGUCUCACUAACCUCCAAAUGGAAAAUAAUAGAUCUAGAAAAUUGCAACUGCCCUUA